AUGGGGCACUGCAAAUCCACGUGCCGCAAGCUUAAGCGUAAGAAUCACGGGCAACAAGGCGACAGAGCAUACGAAUCCUUCUCCCUCCCCUCGGGUGUACGUUCAUCUAUGCCACCUUCACGGCGUGUGGGACAAUCCCAAAGCACAGUUGACCCCCAGCCCACAUUUCCUUUACAGACUACCCAGGAAACUACGAUGAAUUCUUGGGAGCUAGUCCCAAGUGUUGUUUUCCCGAACCUUCACAACACAAUUUGUCAUCUGACUUCGAGUCUUGCGACUGAUCCUAAUGUCUACCUGCAACGGCUUCCAUAUCAUUCUGUGAUUACAGGUUAUGGAGGUCCACAGAAGAUAGCCCAGAUGUUGCUGGAGUGGGUUGAUCCUCAUAUUAGGACACUUGAGGGUAGAUUCCUUCGGGCAGAGGAACUUCUUAGUAUCCAGGCACGUCAGGAUAAUUGUUGGAGCCCAAAUGGAGGCUACGUGGACAUUGUCACAGACUCAAGAAACAACGAAUACUGGCGUGCCUAUCCUGCUUUAACCAAUUUUGAGCUUUUGAGCCAGUUAAAAGAGGACCUAGAGCCAAUCCGCCUUCCCUGGGUCCCGCCUAACGGUAACCUUGAAGCGCUGGUUGGCUUCGCACUGGAAUAUUUCCUUGAUGCAGAAUCAGAACAUUCGGAUAACACAAAGAUAUCCGUUCCGCGCCAAUUUCAGGAUAGUGGCUGGAAUGUGAUGAACUCUGUCACCUGGGCUGCAAACCCUAUCAAAAAAGAUUUGACUGAAAUGACGCAGUUCUUCUGGUCGACCCAGAAGAUGCAGGAACUUGUUCUACCCACAGAGUGCAAGGAGACUCGCCUUAAACUAGAAUCUAGGGAGGUUCCUAUAUUUCUUGAGAUUGAAAACGAAGCUAUCAGACGCGUCUAUGUUCUGAUACCGAAUCCAAUUGAUGCAUUUCUCCUCCGAGAAUGGCGCAAAACUCACAAAAUAUCCGAGGCGCUUCAUUUCACAUCAGCUAUCACCAUGACUGUUGGUAUUCGCCCCUACGCUGGUGAUAAUGGAUGUAUACUGACAAAGGCCAUCCGAGAUUACAUGGAUGAACGGAAAGGAAUUCAGGAACAUUUAGCGCUUGGAACUCUUCAUCCAAUGACUCGCCUAUGGUUUACACGUAGAGGGUUUGCGAAGGACGAAGACAUCUCUCUCUUGCAAGAAAAAGGAGGCGGGAGUCUUAGCAACGCAAUCCUCGUCUUGCUGCAUGUGACCCCAUGUCGUUUUCAAAACGCCCCCAUGACGUCCGCUAUGAGCUCAUUCCGCAGAUCAGAGAAACCCCAUGCCCCAGAGUUUAAGAUUGACAAAGCACAACUUGAAGCUGUUCGGGAUCUCUGUUACCAAUUGAGUAAGAACCUACCAAUUGAUUAUGACCAUCCUAGUGAUGGUUUAAUCCAGGAUGUCAAAUCCAGGGAGGAAGAUUUGGAAGAUGAUGUUGGGGAAGCUGAUGUUCUUGAAAGAGAAGAUCUGGAGACUUCUCGAAUAUGUGUUGAUGACCACGGAACCUUUACGCUUGUGAUGGAGACCCCAGUCACUUUAUGGGACCGAAAAAAGCCCCGUGCUUGUGCUUCAGAUCGAAGCUUCACUAUUGAAGGCAAAACCCGAGAAGAACUCUUACAAGGCCAUAAAUAUCUCGGGACUCGGAGAGGACAGGGAAUGUUUGUUGUGACAAUACAUUCAUGCAUUCAGCUUUUUCGUCGUAUUGAGGAGCCUCCACGGGAAGUCAUUGUUAAGGCCGAGAUUAAGCCACCUAGCCAGCGACAUCCACACGUAUGGGCGCAAGAAACGCUCGCGACAGAUCCAGGGUCACGGUUGGCUUUUCGCAUUAUGUACACAAGGGGUGACGUGGAAACAUCAUCCUAUGUGACUUCAAAUAUGGUCAGAGAUCUCUGUAAGGCCAACUCAUUCGUUCACUGGAUGGAGGGGGAAGGUGUUGCAGACAUUAUCACAAGGCCAAGGCAGUUUGUUGUUGUGAGUUCAUUGACCAUAACCAUCCCCCAAGGUAUCUCACAGCCCGGCUCUUUCUAUACCAACGACUACGCUACCUUAAUCUCUGCCAGAGAUUUCAACUUGGGGGAAAAGCGCAAAAUAGAUGCAGUAUGA